UGAUAGAUACCAUACACUUGCAACUGGUAUUAGUAUUGGUAAACUUAGAUAGUUGCUCAACAAAUUGGCAUAUAUAAGACAUAAAUAAAGACAGUGUUGUUCCCUCAAACACCUUCCUCUCUCCAAUGGCAUAUCAAGUCUCAGUUAUCAACUCUUUCUACUGUUCUGCUGACUCUAUCACUCUACAGAUUAAUACUGAGAAAGGAGUCACUUACAAUGAAAACAAUGAUCGUCUCUUUUAUAUGAACGAUACUUUUUUCACACUUCACAACCGUCGUGUCUUAUAUGAUGAUACACAAAAACCCAUUGUCACCUUCUACAGAAAGGCUGUGACGUUGCAUGAGCGAUGCAAAGUUUUCAAGGGUGAAAGCACUGAUUCAUCUCAAUUGCUAUUUUCCUCGCAAACAACCAAGACAAAAAGAAAAGUGACUUUAGAGUGAUCAUUUGUGUUAUUAAAAGCUCUUGUACAGUUUAUAUCGGAGAGUCUCCUAAUAUUGUAGCU